AUGUUCUAUCGAAUUGAAUUUUCUUUGGCACUUAUCUUUGAAAUUCAAGCUAUUUGUAUUUCAUUGAUUAUCUUCAUAUACUUUGCGCAAAAACCGGCGACUCGCUUAAAACAACAACAUCAUAGUUGGCUCGUUUUGCUGAUUCUCAAUUUCGUUCAAUUGAUUUUCGAUUUGCCAGUAGCACUGUCGUUUUACUAUCGUGGAAGACUUUGGCCGGAAUCAGAUGCUUUCUGUGCCUGGUGGGUUUGGUUAAGUUUCUCUUGUGACACAACAGCGUUGUUUCUUAUGGCAUGGAUAUCCAUCGAAAGAAACAUACUUGUUUUCCAUUCACAAAAUAUGACUCAAGUUGGAUGGAAAAAAUGGAUCCUUCAUGUCUUACCUUUGAUCAUUUGUCUCAUAUGGGCACCGAUUGUAUAUCUGAUUCUGAUCGUUUCCAAUUCACAAUGUACUAAUGCAUGGAACUAUGAAACACUUCUUUGCGGACCUCCAUGUUACACUUAUACGGGUUUCUUAGGCAUCUAUGACUUUGUUUUCAAUGUAUGUGUCUCGCUUGGUAUUAAUAUUCUUGUCAAUGCAUUAUUGAUCAUUCGAGUCGUCAGGGAAAAAAUGUCUCAUCAACCAGCAAUCAAUUGGCGACGACAUAGGAAAAUGAUCUUGCAGUUUUGGGCUAUCUCUACGCUGCAUAUUGCACUUUGGUCACCACUUGUCAUCGUGAGUCUCAUUCAAAUGACCGCAAUGCCCUCAUUCAUGGCCGAUCAAUAUACAACCUUGGAAUACAUUCUUUACUACAUGCCAUUAUUACUACCAGCAACAUGUCUGUCUGCAAUACCAGAUUUAGUUAACAAAAUUAUGAAUUUUGGUUGGAAACGUCGAAGAAAUGUAGCUCCAAUGGAUGAUAUACAUGAAACAAGACGACGAACUGCAGUUGUAUCUGUUCGACAGACUCUGUAA